UCUGGUGGCAAAAAGAAAGCUAGCAAAGCUGAACAACUGAGAUUACAGAAAGAAGAAGAAGAAAGAAGGCUGAAAGAGGAAGAGGAAGCCAGACUUCAAGAAGAAGCAGCAAGACUUGAAAAGGAGAGAAUUGAACAAGAACAGAUGGAAAAGCUUAAGGCAAAAGAUCAGGAACGAAGGGAGUCUGAACUGGCAGAACUUCGUUCUCUGGAACAGAAGUUUUUGUCUGCACAGCAGUGGAAAAGGGAUCACAGAGCACGUGCAAAAUGGGAGCAUUACCUGAGUUGUGAUGGAAGUCCUGACCCAACUGUUCUGCAGGAAAUAAAUACUUUCAUGAGCUUAUGGCGUGAAGAUCAAAAUGAGGACGUUCAACUUGUGAUGGAGAAGGGAGAACAGGUGCUAAAUUUAAUUGAGAAGUUGCAGUUUCUUUUACUGGACACACCACCAAGUGAGAUAACAGAAAAAGAAACAGUCCAGUACCAGGAAUCCAUUCUGGAACUGCAGAAUCUGCUUCAGCAGAAGUACGAUGGAGCAACAGAACACUUGCUUAAGACAGGUAAUAUGUAUGAAGAUUCUGACACAGGAAAUAUGGAGGCAAUCAUAAAGGACAAAAAUGUUACUUUUUGUAUUUGGGCCAAUCUGACGAAGCAAGUAAGGUUCAAACAGCACACGUUUUGUGACGUACAGCAUGGAUUUGAUCUUCCAAAGUCACUGGCUGAGAGCAGUGUUGCUGUUCGCAUAUUGCACACUCAGUACGAUCACUUAUCUCCGCUUUGGCUGCGGUGUCAGAGUGUGCCAAAAUCAGAAGUCUUAGAUAGCAAAGAGUUAACUCAGCAUUCAAAAGACAAAGUAGAAGAAUCAGAAGAAGUGGAAAAAAAAGCCAGAGAAGAGCCCAACGUCCCUGCUGAAGACGAAAUGUGUUCUGAUGGGAGAAAGGAGAGUGCUGUCUCAGUUCAAGAAAACAGCAAUACCAGAGCUGAUAUAAAUGAGACCGAGGAGGAAAUUGAGAAGAAAUCAGAAAUCCUGGACAUGCCAUCACAAGUUCAGGACCCACUGAUCCAGGAAGAGAUGAAUGAAAAAGGAGCAGCAACACCUGAUGGAAACGUUGUUGAUUUGCAGCGGUUUGUACCGGUGGGUGGUGUGUACCAUAUCGAUGCACUGCAGCUUCCACCGCGGGCCAAGCAAAUCCAGGACUGGAGUAUAGUGGAGUUACUGGAUGCUGGAUUGGAGGCGUACCCAUAUCCCCCAGAGGAGGCUGAAGGUGCCCCACUCACACUGAUACAGAUAACCCUUGGGCUUCCUGACAGCGUGGUCUAUUUUCAGGAUCCUGUGGUUGCCCGAUGGGAUCCUACAGGCCAACAGUGGAGAACUGAUGGCAUCAGCAACAUAAAAUACGAGACACAGGAAAGGAGCAUCACCUUUGCCCUGGGUGCCUUUCAUACAAUAGCACUUCUCCAGGAUGCUCACCUCAACAUGCCUUACCAGGCGUGGGAGUUACGACCUACUGGCAGGGAUGAAGCACUGUUUGUAAUCACGACAGGCUUUGUGACAGUUCAGAUACAAAUUAAGGGUAAUCAGUGUAUGUUGUCUUCAGUAGUGGUGGAAGAGAAGGAUGUGCUUUCCCACAUGACAGGAAAAUGGACAAGUCCACUUGACUUAAGAACAGUUUUGAAAAAAGCGGGUGUGAAUAUUUUCCCAGGGGAGUUUGCUCACAAGUACGUCUCUGUGAACAAGAAGGAUCCCCUAGUAGAAGUCGGGGCCUAUCAACAGAUGGCACUGGUUGCAUCUGCUUUUGCUUUUGCUUGGAGCAAGUGGAAUCUAGAAGCAGGGCCAGAGCAAGUAGUGUUCAAGGUAAGUGAGCAUCUUAAAGCAGAUUCUCUCAAAGACAAAGACUGGUCACUUUACAUGUUUAAUGGUCAGAAAGCACAAAAGCUCAAGAUCACUGAAACUAGUGAAGCUUUUUCAGAAGAGCUGGAAGAAGAUUCUGAGUUCCACUCCACAAUCUACCAUAUGCUUAAAGACUUUGCCAGCAAAGAAGCAAUUGCUAAAGUGGAAACAGCUAAUUUCCUAUUUAUUGAUGUUGUAUAUCAGCUGCUCCUUGCAACAGGAGUUUUAACAUACUCUUAA